AAGUAACAGUGCUGUCUAGCGCUUUCGUCCAUGCGACAGGGAUUUACUCUCGACUUAAGUUUUUAAUUCUGUGAUAUCCGAAUAAAAAUCAGUGAUUUAAAAAAAAAUUAAAUUAUUACUAGUUGUUCUAAUCAAUUUAUUCCCACUACCAACGGUAAAUCGUCACAGAAAAUAAAAUCAUUAAUUUAUUAAGUGAAAUUUCGUGUUCAGUUGUUAUCAUGAAGAUAUUGUGAUUCAAUUCCCAUCAUAAAAUAGGAGGAAAUCAUUAUCCAUAAUGGAUUGGGGACUGAGGGUCACGACACUAGCUCUAUGGAUGGUAAUAGGACUCACUGCUAUCAACGACUGCAAUGGUGACCAGAGAAUCAUAUGUUAUUACACAAAUUGGUCAGUGUACAGGCCAGGUACAGCAAAAUAUUCACCGCAGAACAUAAAUCCAUACCUAUGUACCCAUCUUAUUUAUGCCUUCGGUGGUUUCACCAAGGACAACACAUUGAAGCCAUUCGACAAAUACCAAGACAUUGAGAAAGGUGGAUAUGCCAAGUUCACUGGUCUCAAGACCUAUAAUAAAAAUCUGAAGACAAUGUUAGCUAUUGGUGGAUGGAAUGAAGGCUCCAGUAGAUUUUCACCUAUGGUAGCUGAUCCCGAGAGGAGGCGGGAAUUGGUGAAAAAUUCUGUUAAAUUCCUCAGGCAAAAUCAUUUCGAUGGUCUCGACCUAGAUUGGGAAUAUCCGGCAUUCAGGGACGGUGGAAAGCCACGGGAUAAGAAUAAUUACGCUGAUCUUGUCCAGGAAUUAAGAGAAGAGUUUGAACGAGAGUCUUCGAAGACAGGGAGACCACGUCUCCUCCUGUCAAUGGCUAUUCCCGCUGGUAUCGAGUACUUGGAAAAAGGAUACGAUUUACCGAGGUUAAACGAAUACCUUGAUUUCUUCAAUCUCCUGUCUUACGACUAUCACUCGGCAUUCGAGCCCGCGGUCAAUCAUCACUCUCCACUGUACGGAUUGGAGGAAGCUAAUGAGUAUAACUACGACAGUGAAUUAACUAUUGAUUAUACCAUAAGUUAUCUGUUGAAUCACGAUGUCACGUCUGAGAAAAUUGUACUCGGUAUACCAACCUACGGAAGAUCAUAUACACUUUAUAAUGCUGAUGCCACAGACAUUGGGGCACCUGCUGAUGGACCUGGUGAAGAAGGAGAUGCCACGAGGGAGAAGGGAUAUUUGGCAUAUUACGAAAUAUGCGAAAAUAUUGCGAAAUCUGAUGAAUGGGAAGUGGUCCAGCCAAAUGAGAAAGCUAUGGGUCCCUAUGCCUUUCGUGCGAAUCAAUGGGUCGGUUAUGAUGACGAGAACAUAGUUCGAGUGAAAGCUUUUUACGUCAAAGAGAAGAAACUGGGAGGCAUCAUGUUCUGGUCCAUUGACAAUGAUGACUUCCGUGGGAAAUGUCACGGACGUCCGUAUCCACUCAUUGAAGCUGCCAAAGAGGCCCUCCUCUCCGGAAGCCCAAAACCUUCCGAGAGAUCAAAGCCACCAGCGCACCAUAAAAAAACUAAGUCCCAAGGAAGUCAACGUACAUCGGAUACCUCCAUCGAACGAAAAUACUCAUCUCCACGUCGAUCGGGUUCAAAGCCGACUCGAAAGCGUCUUUCCACCUCUCGUUCAACCCCUCGUUCUACUACCCCAACCCCACGUAUCGCAGAAGAUCGUGAAGAUUCCCCCGAAUCAUCUGAAGAACACAAUACCCUUAGUCGUCCCCGAAAGACUCGUGUAAAAUCCCGCUCAGGCACUCGACGACGAGAUCAGACAAGAAAGAUAGAUAAAAUAGAGGAAGACGCAUCCUCCUUCAGCAACAGUAUAACAACACCGGAGCCUCCAACAACUCCAGAUCCAGGAUCUGACUUCAAAUGUGAGGAUGAAGGUUUCUUCCCUCAUCCUCGAGACUGCAAGAAAUACUUUUGGUGUUUGGACAGUGGCCCUGGUGGUCUUGGAGUCGUUGCCCAUCAGUUUACCUGUCCCUCAGGUCUGGUAUUCAACAAAGCAGCUGAUUCCUGUGAUUAUCCACGCAAUGUCGUCUGUCCAAAGGUCAAGACCGCACCAGCUACAACGACUUCUAAACCCAGUACCACAAGUAAAACCACGAAAAAAACAACAACUGUAAAACCAGUAUCUGAAGAAGAAGAGGAGGAGGAAUAUGAGUAUGAGGAUGAUGAGGUGAAUGCUGCUGAAGAUAAUGAAGAGGUACCGGUCAGUACGACAGCGAAACCCCUGUUGUAUAAGACGAUUAAUAGGAGCAGACCUACCACGACUACAACUACCACUACCGAGGCUACCACGACUGAAGAUACCAUUGAGACAGCUAGAGGUUUUAAGGGUGACGAGGGAGAGAUUGAGGACACUGAGGAUCCCAAAGUCCUCAAGGAGCUGAUAGAUCUUAUUAAAAAAGCCGGAGGAAUCGAGCAGCUCGAAAAACAACUGCAUCUACAGGAGAAAACAUCCGGAGAUACCACUGAGGGAAAUCUAGCUACCCCUGCUACGAUCAGUAGGAGUCUGUACGAAAGGGUGUUGAAUCGACAGGCCACAAAAUUAUUUGGAGGUGCAACUGGAAAGGAUACGAAGCAGGUAGCUAACUCUAGGGGUUCUUUCCAGAAUGGCCCUGGGCGAUCCCAGUUUGAGGGACUCGAUGAGGUGCCAGAGGUGAAGAGCCUGAGGAGGACUAAUAAACAUCAGUAUGUUACGAUAGCACGACAAAGAUCAUCCACUAAUGAACCUGCAGUGAGUGAAGAAGAACUGGGUGAGGAGGAAGAAGUUGAACAAGACAACGAUGAUGCAUCAUCUGAUGAUCAGGUAGUCAGUAAUGUUCAUGAGAAAGAACGAAAUUCUUCUCCAAAGCGAGUGACACCGAAUUAUGUUAACAUUCGGAGAGCGAGACCAACGACUGAAUCUUCUCCCAGUGAAGAGGAACCCGAGACCUCAUCACUUUCAACUGAAUCGGUUGAAGAAACAUCCCAAGACUCAACUACUGCAAAAUCCAGAUAUACCAACAUCCAUCGCUUCAGAAGUACAACAUCAUCCUCCAGUGAGGCCGGAAAUCCCUCAAAAUCAUCCGAAGAAACUUCAGAAUCACCUUCAACAAGCUCCCUCGAGUUUACCCCCACUGAGCCCCAGGUCUUCUCAACCCCCUCCCCCUCCUCCACAACAGAGAUUCCAAUGACCUCCACGGAGUCUCUCCCCGAUGCCACAAACCCCACAAUAAGCACAACUCACCAGCCAGCAACAGAGCCAGUAAAACUGGUAGAGAACUCAGUCACUGAUAUACCACUAACAACAUUCCCAGCACCAUCAAACCCUCGCACAACUCCUUUACCAAGGACAACAGUCUCAGUAGUGUCUUCACCCAGGCCCUUUGGUUAUCCCCGAAGAACACGUCCAACAACAGCCUCAUCAUCAUCAUCAUCAACAACAACGUCAUCAACACCAUCAACAACUGAGCAAUCAAGACUCAAGGUGAGUAACAGACCAACGAGAAACUUUGCGAGGUCGUCGAGUUCGUAUCAAAAUCGGGUAAGAACACGAACAAGAACAUCAACAAUAUCCAAUGACAUCAAUCAAUCAGUGGAGAAUAAUUCCAAUGAGAUUGCUUCAGUGGAGCCUGAAGUUCAGACAAUCAGUAGAUCGCGACUGGGGACGAGAAGAGGGGGACCUAGAUAUUCGUCAAGAAAAACGACGACAGAAAUUCCUAAAAGUACAGUAUCAACACCUGAUGUCGUAUCCACGUUGAAAUUCAGUUCUAGAAGGGGAACAAGACCAACUCCCACUGCUGAAACUACAACGAGUUCCUCUGGGAUAUCUCGAAGAAGAAGACCCACAGACAGCAAAAUAAUUCGAAUCGCAUCGGACAAUUCUGAAGCCUUGAAACAUUCGAGGUCUGAGUCUCUUGGGGAUAAUGAUGAGAAGAUUACGAAAAUUCGUGUAUUCAAAGUACAAGAGGAUGUGUUGAAUGUAAUUGAACCAUUAGAAUUCGAAAAUGAGACGAAAAAUCAGACAGAAUCAUUAGGUACCAUUACAGAAUCAAUUUCUACUGAUUCUCUUCCAACUUCAACUGCAUCUACGCCUACGGAGGCUUCGACGACUAUUACGGAAACUGCUGACACUAAUUACACAACAGAGAGUAUUACAACAACUCUCAGUAGCACAACUCUAGAUAAUAGCACAGUAAAUAAUGAACAAUUCACGAAGGAGGAUAAAAAACAAUUGAAAAGAAAAGUUUUAUUGAGAAGACGUCCAGUCACUCCUUCCACCACGCCAGUAGAGCCAACGAUAGAAAUGAAAAGACGAAGAAAAAUUCUGAAACGUAUUAGACCGCAUUUGGAAACUGUUUCUAAUGAAUUACCAACGGCUGAAGACCCCGAGGUUUUAUUCAGUUCGAGGUAUAACGGAAACUCCACUACCCCAUUGAUUUUCUUAUCUGAGGAGAAGACGGAAUCGACUGGACUUCCAACUGAAUCAUCAGAAAACGAAAUUACUACAGCGCUGAUCGACAAUUUAACAACAAACUUCGAUAAUUUUGAAGAUACAACAGUAGAAUCCACUACAAUGCUCACGGGUCCCAAUGACGUAACGACAAUUACUAUUGAAACAACUUUGGAGACUGAGCGACCAUCAGACAACGAUAAUCUCUUAGAACCAACGAUUACAACGACAGAACUUGAUCUUGAUGAACCAACAACAAUUACAACAACAAGUCCAACGACAACUCCAGUGAACCUGGAAAUUCCUGAGAAACCUGAUCUACCAACAUUGAAGCAGCUGAUUGACACUAACUAUGGAAUCACAAGGUCGUUUGAUACUUCAGUCAGAAGUACUCAAACGUAUGAGGUCAAUUCUCUUAAUGACGAGUUUGAAAAUAAAUUACCCCAUAUUAUUGAUUCUGAUGGAAUUAAAGUGAGGGUCAAGAUUUUAGAUGAUUAUGGGAGUGGGGAAGUUAAGAUUAACCAGUUUGCUGUACUGACUUUACCCCACGGGGCAUUGAAUCCUAAUAUUACAAGUACUGUUUUAAAAAUUGAAGUUAUCAAUGAUCAGAACGUGGGACAUCUGUCAGCUGAUGAUGCUGAAAUUUUGGAUAAUCGAUUGUCGAGAAGAAGAGUGAGUGAUAAUAACAUUAUUAACGAAUCAUCACCGAGAAGUUCUAGGCGCAGAGGUAAGGUUGACCAGCACUUAACAACCACCAAUUGGACGAAUAGUAGACGAAGAAAUGUAAGAAGAAGAGGAAAUUCUAUUACUCAUACUGAUCAGCAUGCUCAGAACACAGAAAUUGUUAAUAUUUCUUCAACAUCUCCAAUGAAUGAGCAUAUCGUGACUACAGUGAAGCCAACGACACUCCGAGGAAGUUCAGUGGUGAUUCACAAUAGCGAUGACCCUGUUAGAGGGUUCUUCAUAACUAGAAGCCUCGACGAUGUUCCUGUAGUGACUGAUAAAAUUAAUUUAGCGGAAUAUACUACGGAAAUGGCUUCAACCAUUACUGCCGAUGUGAUGCCAACGACCAUUGAAAACGAUGAAGUCACUACUCAAUUUUUUACUACAGAGAGUUCUCACCUAUGGAAUAAUGAACUUGAUGGAACGAAACUUACAACAGCUGCAGAAACAACCACUACCAGACUCUUUGACAAUUAUUUAACAACAACUUUCCAACCGACUGAAAUGGUUCUCACUCCAGGAGUGAUUGAAGGCCAUGAGGGAACUACCAUUCGAUCGGAAAUCACAACCUAUACGAAUGAUGUCAAUGAUGGACAAGGAAACAAUACGGAAACCACAACCUUCAGGGAAGAACAAUUAAAUGAAUCAAAUGUCACAGUAGAAGAAUCUACCGAAGCCCCCACUACCACCGAAAAUAAUUAUGAAGCAGUAGCAUCUACCACACCCUACAGUUUGAUGACAGAUACAAAUAAAAUUAAUGAAUCGUCAGAAAAAAUUUUACCAGAUGUUGAUGGCACCACCUCAAAAAUAAAUGAUAUGGAAGAAGGGACUACGGAAACUCCAGACAUAAUUUCAACAGGUUCACUUGCAGAUAUUAUUGAUAGAACUCCUGAAAACAGAUCGACAAUAAUUCUGAAAAUCAUUCCAUUCGUUCAAGAUGAACGAACUGAUUCACUUUCGAAAUUACAAAAUCCAACCACUGAAGUAAUUCCUUCAGUAACUCAUCUCAACCCUGGAGAUGUCCAGAGUUCUAUUGCAUCAUCGACAAUACCGUAUGCAUCAACUCAUGUAACUUCUCCAUCAAUAGUUUCUACUUCAUAUUCAUCAAUAAAUACUGUCUCCACCCCCCCUACCACGACAUCACCGCCUACCCCUGAAAUACCACUAAAAAGAUUUCGGACAAAUGCUCGAACACGAGGAAGAGUUCGCUAUUACCCUUCAUCAUCAUCAAUCACAUCAGCUCCUACAGAGCGAAAGCCUCGUCCAUUUUUAUCAAUUCGCCGACGUCCGUAUACCCCCAGAAGUCGCCUAGAAUCAUCAGAAUCAUCAGAAGAAUCGCUUUCUAUAACUGCGUCAUCACAAUCUACAACACCAGUCCCACCUCCACCUUCCCCAAAAGGCCGAAUAAUUCGUCGUGGUAGAGGACGAGGUAGAACUCGCCAAACUACGAGUACGACGACCGAGCAAAGUUUCCCAUCCACAGAAGUACCAGAAGAAGCUUUAAAAAUCGAAGAAGAUAAUCCAAACAAUGAAGCUACCCCUAAGUAUCCUCAAGCGGAAAUCACUAAAGAAGACGAUCAAAUCAUCGCUGAGAGCAGUUAUGCAGAAGUCCUUGGGGAGGUGGGAGGCCCGAGACACUCGGGGAGCUUUUUGAAAAGACCUGGCACCAUUGCUAAGCCCACUACGUUGAAAAGCUAUGCUAUUGAAUACGAAACCGCAGAUCGUCGUUAUUCGAGUAAAUUCGUAGUUCCGACAACCGAAAAUACAGACCAAACUGGUCGUGCCCAAGAGCUCGCAGUAUCCCUGAUAGAUCCAUCAGUAGCUGCCUCUUUCGAGACAGGUAAAGAAAUGUCGAGAAACCGGGGUGGACAGAGGCAUAAACUCGAAGAGUUCAAAGGUAUCACUGAAGCACCAACCACCAGAACGACACCAUCGAGAAGACGACAAAGGCCCACUGCUGGCUCACAAGAAGCUAAAGGAAUUACCAACAAACCCCGACGUCCUGCCAUUAUUGAUUACGAUUACUAUGUCGAUGAGGAGGUGCGUAUUUCGGUGAAACCCGAAUUGAAGAACAAAAUAUAUGUGACAACCAGUGGAAGAAUCGGUUGCUUGGAUCAGGGAACAUUUGCUCAUCCGUUUUCAUGCAAAAAAUUCAUCACUUGUGCUAAGAUGGUGGGGGGCCAGGUUGUGCCCACUGAGUACUCUUGUCCCAAUAAAUUGUCUUUUGAUCCUGUUGGAGGUAUUUGUAAUUGGUCCGCUGGACUCGGAUGCAAGGAGUCUUUGUAAUAAAGCUUUGUUUCUAUCGUUUGUAUUUGAGGAAAAUCAGAGGAUAAAUUAUUGAAUUGAUAAUCUUAUCGCAAACUUUGGUCCCCAUUCAUUGGCGAUAUUAUCGAGAAUUACCAAAAGGACAAAACUAUUUGGACUCACUAUUGGAAAUUAUUUUUUUAACUACUCGUAACUUCAGUGGAUUCCAAAAUAUUUAUGGAGCAUCGAUUUAUCUAAAAAACAAAGUCUGGAAUUUUUUUUGGAUCUUUCCGAAGCUGGCUUCACUAAUUUAUAAAAUCACGUUCCAGAGAUUUAUCUUCUUGUUUUACUUAAUUGCAAAAUUUUACUAUCAUUCGCUCGUUUUUUUAUUAAAUGAACUUUCCCAUAGGCAUUAUCUACUGGAUAUUAAAGAUAUUUUUAGUUCUAUAGAAAACUGUUAGCCAUAUCUAAAUCUCAUUUAAGCACAGCGUCGUGAUAUUAUCAAUAAAUGUAAUGAUUCUUAUUAAUUCGUCAAUUUUUUGUAUAUACUAAUUGAUUGUAAAUAAGACUUCAACUGUG